AUGGCGUUCCGAGGCGUCGUUGUGCAUCCGCAGCGGCCGCCGCAUGACAGGCUGAUCGCCUCCAGCGCGCGCCGCACGACGCAUGGCGGCGUGGCGGAAAUGGGUAGCGCUGGCGCACGACGGCGAUCGGGAUUCAGACCGUUGCUAUUGAGAUCCGCCUUUCUCUCGCGACGCGGUGGGUUUGGGAAAGGGUGCGAUGACGAGGCGACUCGACUUGACGGCGCCGCAGGCGGCUCCGUGCGGCCAGGCAUUGCAGGCGGCGCGACCCGUCGGAUCUCAGCCGCCGCCGAACCUUCAGGUACUUGCUUUCCACUCUCUCCCCCCUCCUCCCACAUACCUCCGCCCGCCUGGUCCCCUCCGUGUGCGCGCUUUGCUGCCGCACUGCACGCGCCGGUGAAUUCUCAUCGUCCGCACGUCUUUGCGCCCCUCCUUGCCGCCGCCCCCGCAGAGAACCGCGCGGCGCCAUCCAAGCCGAGGUCCGCCCGAACCUCAGCGCCAGGCGCGCGAAGAGACCGACCCUCGGGGGGGGGCGGGGGAGGCGGAGGCGCACGGCGGGGCGGGGCGGCGGCGGUGCGCGGGCGGCGCGACGACAGCGUGCAGCGCAAGCUGGAGCGAUUCCACGACGGGCCGGAGGGGCCGCCGCUGCGCGUGCUGCCGAUCGGAGGGGUGGGGGAGAUCGGCAUGAACUGCAUGCUGGUGGGCCACCGCGACCGCUACAUCAUGAUCGACGCCGGACUCAUGUUCCCCGACUACGAGGAGGUGGGCAUGCAGCGGGUGCUACCGGACACGGCGUUCAUCCACCGGUGGCGCCACAAGAUAGAGGCGCUCAUCAUCACGCACGGCCACGAGGACCACAUCGGCGCGCUGCCCUGGGUGCUGCCAGCGCUGGACCCAUCAACGCCUGUCUUCGCCACCGGCUUCACCAUGCAGCUGGUGAAGCGGCGCCUAAAGGAGCACAACCUGCCGUUUGAGAAGCGGUGCAAAGCGGUGCAGAUGCGCACGCGGUUCAGGGCGGGCCCGUUUGAGGUGGAGGCGGUGAGGGUGACGCACUCCAUCCCCGACUGCUGUGGCCUCGUGCUGCGCUGCGACGACGGCACCAUCUUCCACACCGGCGACUGGAAGAUCGAUGAGAAUCCGCUGGACGGCCGCCAGUUUGACCGCGAGUUCCUCGAGGGCUUGUCCAAAGAGGGGGUCACGCUGAUGAUGAGUGACAGCACCAACAGUCUGGCGCCGGGGCGCACGACAUCGGAGAGCAACGUGGCGGGGGCGCUGAUGGAGGCGGUGCUGGCGGCCAAGGGGCGCGUCAUCACCACGCAGUUCGCCUCCAACGUGCACCGCCUCGGCGCCGUCAAGGCCGCCGCUGAUGCUGCCGGCCGCCGCCUCGUGUUUCUGGGCAUGUCGCUGCGCACAUACCUUGAUGCUGCCUUCCGUGACGGCCAGGCGCCCUUCGAUCCCUCCGUGCUCCUCAAGGCGGAGGACAUGAGUGCCUUCUCCCCACGCGACCUGCUCAUCGUCACCACGGGCUCCCAGGGAGAGCCACGCGCGGCGUUGAACCUGGCAUCGUACGGAACAAGCAAGAUGCUGCAGCUCAACGCCGACGACACCGUGCUCUACUCCGCUAAGAUGAUCCCGGGCAAUGAGACGCGGGUGGUGAAGAUGAUGAACCGCAUCGCACUGCAGGGGUCGCGCAUCUUGCAGGGGCGGCAGCACGGGCUGCACACGUCGGGGCAUGCGUACAGCGAGGAGCAGCAGGAGGUGAUUCGGCUGGUGAAGCCGCAGCACUUCCUGCCGGUGCACGGCGAGUACGCCUUCAUGAAGGAGCACGAGCUGCUCGCCCAGCGCCAGGGCAUCCGCCACACCACGGUGAUCAGCAACGGGGAGAUGGUGGGAGUGGCGCCGCUGCGCAACGCCAAGGUGGUGUCCAACGGCUUCUACCACCAACCGCGCAUCCACCUCGAGACGAUGUACAACGACGGGGGCAUAGCAUUUGGCAACGCGCGCGAGAUGGCGGUGGGGGAGCGGCUGCACGUGGCCACCGAGGGCAUCGUCAUCGCCACUGUGGAGGUGUUCCGUGAGCCGCCAGGAGAGGAGGUGUUGGAGGCGUUCACGGACGCUGAUGAGGACAAUGAGGGCGACGGCGCCCCACGCGGGCUGCACGGGCGGCUGCAGAUCCGAACGCGCUGCCUGUGGGUGGACCGCGGCAAGCUCACGGACAUGAUGCACAGCGCUGGCAUGGCGGCUCUCAACCGCCUCUCCAGGGAUGCAUCCCUGGCGCUGGUGGAGCGCAGCAUCUCUCAGGUGCUGCGCAAGACGGUGCAGCGCCACAGCAGCCGCCGCCCCGAGGUCAUCGUCACCGCCGUCGACAGCUUCCAGCCGCCCGUGCCGCCGCCGCCCUCGCCCGCCCCUCCCUCCACCCUCUCCGCCGACCUCUCCUCGUUCUCCCCGCGCAUCGCCAAGGUUGGUGCGGUGGCAGAGGAGCAGCAGCCGGGUGGGCAGGAGCAGCGGAGGCGGCAGAGGCGCGAGCAGCAGGAGAGGGAGCUGCGGGAGAUGCUGGCGAGAGACGAGAAGGACGACGACGCCUUCGGCCCCACCCUGCAGGGGACGGCGGGCGGACGGGGUGUGCGGAAGGUCGGGAGGCGAGGGCGGGUGGGAGGCGAGAGCACGGAGAGUGAGUUGAGUGACGGCGGGUACAGCAGUAGCAGCAGCGAUGAUGAGCGUGACAGGCCCAGUACUGAUGCUGCCAGUGUGCCUGCCGCCGCUGCUGCUGCUGCUGCUGCUUCAGGCAGCGAUGGCAGUGGGUCGCCCGGGGGGUGGAGGGACAUGGGCUCUGGCAGUGUGACGGGGGUGGCGGUGAGCAGCGGAGAGGAGGGGCAGCAGAGGGGGGAUGUGGCGGCAGGGCAGGGCAAGUCCAGCAAGACGCGGAGAGGCAGGCGUCGCUCGGCUGCCAGUGGCAGCACAGGUAGUGCAGAAGAGGGAGAGGGGAAGGCAGGUGGUGCUAGUGUGGAGGGAGCGGUUGAAACGGGAGCUGGUGGGGCAGCGGGAGCAGCGAGUGGCGGGGAGCAGAACCACAAGGGUCUCAGCGCGAGGGUAGAGGCCGAGGGAGACCGGGAGGGGGAGGCAGGCAGAAAUGUGGAGACGAUGGGCAGUGGUGGAGAGGCCGGCAUGGAUGGCCGUGUGGAGAGCUGUUCGGGGGACACACGAGAGGACGUGGGAGAUGCGGCCCCCGACAGAGCGAGGGACAGGCUCUGGACGUGGUGCAGAACGGAUCCCUCACAACUCCAGCAGGCAGCCGAGCUUGUCACAUCGUACCCCAGCGCUGACCGGCCUCUCUUCGAGCCCCCGGACGAGGAGGGCUUUCCCGCGCCAGAAGACGUCAGCGAAAACCGCGAUGAGACCGACGAGGCGGCCUACGGUGUUGGCGACUUCCCCAUCCCCACCUUUCCCGAAGACCUCGUCGAGGUGGGAGAGGACGUCCACUCCUCCCCCUUGGUGGAUGAGUGGGUCAACCCCCUCUACACCACGACUGCUGACGACGAGGAAGCUGCCCGGGAGGCGGACGACGAGGACUGUGGGGACAUGCCCGCGGAGGAGGAGGAGGCGGAGGAGGAGGAGGAGGAGGAGGAGGAGGAGGAGGAGGAGGAGGAGGAGGAGGAGGAGGAGGAGGAGGCCGAGAUGGAGGCGGAGGAGGAGGAGGAGGAGAUCGAGGGGGAGGCAGAGUGGGGAGACGUGGAGGAGGACGAUGUGGAGUAG